UGUUGUUGUUCCGGUGUACGUUUGGCUUCAGAACAGAGGGUGACCUCCCUUGUCUUCUUGCUGUCAGCGACUCCCUCUGAUGAUUGUACUGUACCGGAGAAGCCCAAGAUGGCUGCAAGUAAUUAUUUCGGCUUCACCCACGCUGCCGGUUCCCAGUACAGCCCCCUCAGUACUCCCCCUCCCCCAGCCUACUCGCAUCCGUCUGCAGCCACCUAUAGUGCCCAGCAGGCUCCGGCGGUGCCUCACUCAGUGACCGCCUCCUACUCUCCUGUCACGGCGCAGGCGGCCCGGCCCGCCGUCACCGCUCCUUACGCCACCUACCAGAGCCACCAGCCCCCACCAGACUACGCCUUCAGGCAGCCGGACCCUCCGGCACGUCCCCAGCCUGCCACCACCCCACAAACGUAUCAGGUGUUCUCAGAUGCGGACAGCUACAGCUAUGCCCGUCCUGCUGUUGUGACCACCUAUGACAGUAAACAGUACUACCAGACAAGUGCUGCUCCAGCCCAGAGGAGUUCCUCUGACAGCUACUACCAGACUGUCGGUGUAAAGAGUGCUUACUGUCCGGCCCCCACCACUGCGUACAGCCACCCGCCAACUCCCCAGCGGCAGCUCACAGCGCUGAAAGCGGUGACCCCCAGCAGCUCCGUGUCGUCCAGCUACGGCAUCUUCCCGGCAUCCAGCACUGCGCAGCAGUCGCCGCAGACAUCCAUUUCGUCCUACACCCUCGGCUCCACGUUCAGCUCCACCGCCUCAGCCACCUCCUACUCAGGCAUCAACUACUCCAGUUAUGAUCCAGCCGGCUACACCUCUGCAUCCACCCCCACCUAUUACCAGCCGGCCGUGCAGACUCUGUCCCAGCCUCAACUCGCAUCACAUCAGUCUCAGCAACAACAGCUCCAAAAGCCGCAGCCACCCAAGCAGCUGACAAGCGCUUCCUGGGUUAACCCUGGCAGCAACACGGUGACAAGCCCGGCUGGAAACACCUACAAAAAGCCCACUUUUUACCAGAACAAGAUGCUGAAGCCCAAGGGGCCCGCCAAGCAACCCCAGCUGCAUUACUGUGACAUUUGUAAAAUUAGCUGUGCAGGCCCUCAGACAUACCGGGAGCACCUGGAGGGCCAGAAACACAAGAAAAAAGAGGCAGGCUUGAAGACUGGCGGGCCGACGGGUCCCAGCAAUGCCUCCAGAGGGGUCCAGACUCAGUUGCGCUGCGAGCUGUGUGACGUGGCCUGCACUGGAGUGGACGCCUACGCCGCACACAUCCGCGGGGCCAAGCACCAGAAGGUGGUGAAACUACACACCAGGCUGGGCAAACCCAUCCCCUCCACUGAGCCCGUCCUGGUGAAUUCUGCCCCAGCUAUCACAACAUCAACAGCUGCCAAACACCUGGCCUCCACCGCCGACGUGGUGGCCUCGCCAGCCACCAUAUCAACUCCUGCCGCGGCAUCCAAAGCGACUGCCAACACUGUGACUAAAAGUCUAACGGUCAAGAAACCAUUUUCAUCCAAAAUAACUCUCACCUCCAAUAAGCCAGCCAGCUCUCCAGCAUCCGUGACGACAGCGCUGGCGAUGGCCGUGAAGGUGGAGGAGCCCGUGCAACCGCCACCCGUUGUAAAGGCAGAACCUCAGAGCGAGGAUGAGGAUGGCGACAAGGCGGGUGGCCAAGGGGACAUCCAACCAGUCGGCCAUGACUAUGUCGAGGAGGUGCGUAACAGUGAAGGCAAAGUGAUCCGGUUCCACUGCAAGUUGUGCGAAUGCAGCUUCAAUGACCCAAAUGCUAAGGACAUGCACCUGAAGGGAAGACGACACAGACUGCAGUACAAGAGGAAAGUCAACCCGGAGCUCCCCGUGGAGAUCAAGCCCAGUAACCGAGCCAGAAAGCUGCAGGAGAGCAAACUCAAGAAGCAGAAAUCGGUGAUGAAGAGGCAGCGAGACGACGAGCAGCGCUGGCACAUGGAGAUGAGGCGAUAUGAAGAGGACUUGUACUGGAGAAGGAUGGAGGAGGAGCAAAUGUACUGGGGUGAGCAAAGACGCAGGAUGGCCCCCCCACCUCUGAUGAGUCGCCCCGGUAUGCCAGUGCCCCCUCUUCUGACGUGCGUGCGUCGGCCCGACUCGCCAGACGACCGCCACGUCAUGGCCAAACACGCCACCAUUUACCCAGGCGAGGAGGAGCUUCAGGCUGUCCAGAGGAUUGUCUCCCACUCGGAGCGAGCCCUGAAGCUAGUGUCAGACACCCUGCUGGAGAAGGUCCUGACGCCCAACGUUACUGCCACUGCUGAAAGUGAAGACCAAAAAAAGCACCGAGAGCUCAGCUCGGCUGCUCAAGGGUGUGAUGCGGGUGGGUAUCCUGUCCAAAGGCCUGCUGCUCCGGGGAGACACAAAUGUGCAACUCAUUCUGCUGGCAGCUAAGAAGCCCAGUGUCUCUUUGCUCAAGAGCAUCGCCAAGCAGCUGCCCAAAAAUCUGGCGACAUUUUCUGAAGAUCAGUAUGAGGUGCAGGCUCACCCCGAGGAGGCGAACAUCGUCAUAUUAUCGAGCAAGGAGCCCAUAAUGCAGGUGACGGUUUCUCUCACCUCGCCGCUCAUGAGGGACGACCCUGCUGCCGAGGACAAGCAGG